AUGACCAUCCUCCGUAAAUUCCUCAUUGGCAACGUCGCGUUCCAAGCGGCACUUGCUCUUCCUGGGCCACCAGUCAAUCAUGGCGAGCAUUGCAAGAUCACUAAGGUCAAAGAAGUUGUAACAACUAAACACUGGCCUUGGUGGACACAAACACGUACAGACUAUACUACAAAAACUGCCCUUCCAUCAACUAAGACGGUCACCUCAGACGCCACGCAGAUAGACUAUCAAACUGAUUUCGCUCCCACUACGAUUACAUCUACCUCUACUGCAACGGUGUCAAUCACGGUAUUCACUAGCACAGAGACAGAUACUGUGACCUCGACGGCAACAUCUACAACCACGACAAUUGCGACAACUGCUGCCGUCAUCUCUCCGUCCCCUGCUAUAUCAAAUGACCAGACGCCUUCCAAGCGCGAUAACCGGGGCUAUUAUCCGCCGCCUCCUCCUCCCUGCGAGACCAUUUACAAAACGGAGAGAGUAACUGUCUGGGUGCCGACGGUCGCGCAUAAGACGGUAACAAAGACCAAAACGGUAACCCCUGCCGCGGUUACCAAGACUGUAGCAUCAACUGGAACCAAUACUGUAACAACCACACUGCCCUCUACAGUGACCUCAAUCGCACUCGCAACUGCUACGAACACGAUUUCUGCAGUAACUACGACAACAACAACAGCCACUACUACAACCACCCAGACUGUAGCUGCCACGCCUACUUAUGCUCUAUCAUGGGACCAGGAUACUUGCGGAUAUGCCUUUGCUCACAUUAUCGAUGUCGAGAUUGCUGGUGAUGAGCAGACGGUUAUCGACAGCUGCGCCAAUAUGUGCACUCAGGACUCAAACUGCCUUCUAUGGGAGGCUUACUAUCACCUUUCAGACACCAGUGGUCGUUGCGCAACGUUCGCUGAUGCAUACGACUCGGGCUAUCUGCAAUGCCCUGAUUCUUACGGCAUCGGUUACAGCGUUGGUGCACAAAAAUUGGGCGUUGCCCCGUUGGCACCUUAG